AGAGGUCAGAGUCUCCGGCUGCAGGUUCUCGGGGAGCCGAGGAGUCCAAGAACAGCCCCCUGCUCUGAGACCCCGACAGGACACAGGACAGGAGAACAAGAGCCGUCCAGGGGGCUCUAACCCCCAGGAGCUCCUCACUGGCAGAGCACUCAAAACCAGGGACGUUGGAGAAAGGGUACUGAUCUCUAGUCAUCCUGCCGAGAAACAAUCAGACAUAUGUCAAUGGAGACCAGGGACUCUGAGGACUCGGAGAAGCUGCAGAAGAAAUCAGUGAGUGGUUCAUGGGAGGUUGAUGAGCUGGCCAGUGUGACACCUGAGGUCCUCUCAGAAGCGGGAAUGCCCCAUGCCGACCAGGAGACGCAAGACAAAGCAUCCCGUACCAACGCAAUCCAGAGAAACUCCAUCUUCAAUCGAGCCGUGAGACUCCGAAGCAGAGGCAAAGCCAGAGGCACUUCUGAGAGGAAGGCCGGCCACCCAGCAGAUCCACUGGAAAAUGAGCCCCCGACCUUGAAUUUGCCGCAGAGCAGAAAGCAUCUCUGGAGGAUACCCACCCAGACAGACCCAGGAGCCAAGAGAAUAAGCGAGUCGUCCUCCACCCCAGGAAAUGGGGCCACGCCCGAGGAGUUCCCAGCCCUCGCCGACAGCCCCACCACGCUCACCGAGGCCUUGCAGAUGAUCCACCCUAUUCCCGCCGACUCCUGGAGAAACCUCAUCGAACAAAUAGGGCUCCUGUAUCAGGAAUACCGAGAUAAGUCAACUCUCCAAGAGAUUGAGACCAGGAGGCAGCAGGAUGCAGAAAUACAGGGUAGUGCUGACGGGUGCCCGUCCAGCGAGGAGGCUCCGGAGGAAGAUGACGGGGAGGAGGAGGAGGAGCCAGCAAGCCCACCCGAGAGGAAGGCCCUGCCCCAGAUCUGCCUGCUCAGCAACCCCCACUCGCGAUUCAACCUCUGGCAGGAUCUUCCGGAGAUUCAGAGCAGCGGGGUGCUGGACAUCCUCCAGCCGGAGGAGAUCAGGCUGCAAGAGGCCAUGUUCGAGCUCAUCACUUCUGAGGCCUCCUACUAUAAAAGCCUGAACCUGCUGGUGUCCCAUUUCAUGGAGAACGAGAGGCUGAAGAAGAUCCUGCACCCAUCCGAGGCCCACAUCCUCUUCUCCAACGUGCUGGACGUCAUGGCCGUCAGCGAGCGGUUCCUCUUGGAGCUGGAGCGCCGGAUGGAGGAAAACAUCGUUAUCUCGGAUGUGUGUGACAUCGUGUACCACUACGCCGCUGACCACUUCUCCGUCUACAUCACCUACGUCAGCAACCAGACCUACCAGGAGAGGACCUACAAGCAGCUGCUCCAGGAGAAGGCAGCCUUCCGGGAGCUGGUCGCGCAGCUGGAGUUGGACCCCAAGUGCAGGGGGCUGCCCCUCUCCUCCUUCCUCAUCCUGCCUUUCCAGAGGAUCACGCGCCUCAAGCUGUUGGUACAGAACAUCCUGAAGAGGGUGGAGGAAAGGUCUGAGCGCGAAGGCACCGCCUUGGACGCCCACAAGGAACUGGAGCUGGUGGUGAAAGCGUGCAACGAGGGUGUCAGGAAGAUGAGCCGCACGGAGCAGAUGAUCAGCAUCCAGAAGAAGAUGGAGUUCAAGAUCAAGUCGGUGCCCAUCAUCUCGCACUCCCGCUGGCUGCUGAAGCAGGGCGAGCUGCAGCAGAUGUCUGGCCCCAAGACCUCGCGGACCCUGCGGACCAAGAAACUCUUCCGGGAGAUUUACCUCUUUCUCUUCAACGACCUGCUGGUCAUCUGCCGGCAGAUUCCGGGAGACAAGUACCAGGUGUUUGACUCGGCCCCGCGGGGCCUGCUGCGAGUGGAGGAGCUGGAGGACCAGGGCCAGACACUGGCCAACGUCUUCAUCCUGCGGCUGCUCGAGAACUCGGACGACCGGGAGGCCACCUACAUGCUGAAGGCGUCCUCUCAGAGCGAGAUGAAGCGCUGGAUGACCUCGCUGGCCCCCAACCGAAGAACCAAGUUUGUUUCCUUCACAUCCCGGCUGCUCGACUGCCCCCAGGUCCAGUGUGUGCAUCCCUACGUGGCCCAGCAGCCAGAUGAGCUGACUCUGGAGCUGGCCGACAUCCUCAACAUCCUGGACAAGACAGAGGACGGCUGGAUCUUCGGCGAGCGUCUGCAUGACCAGGAGCGAGGCUGGUUCCCCAGCAACAUGACUGAGGAGAUCUUGAACCCCAAGAUCCGGUCCCAGAACCUCAAGGAGUGUUUCCGUGUCCACAAGAUGGACGACCCUCAGCGCAGCCAGAAUAAGGACCGUAGGAAGCUGGGCAGCCGGAAUCGGCAAUGACCCCUGACUGCCCCCACACCCCCCACCCGGUGGAGGGAUGUAGGCAGGAAGGAGCGAGGCCUGGCAGGCAGACCCCACUGGACAGUGGAAGGGGCUCUGGGGGAAGGCCCCGCCUCCCCAGGCAGCAGGGUGUGACCUGACCUGGGUGGGGGUGGUCUUUGCCGGAGUCACCCCACCCCCUCCCUGCCACGCGGUUUGUGCUCAUGUGUCCUGUCCCCUCGCUCACCCACUGGAGAGAGGGUGCCCACAUCUCUCUGCUGCAUUUGUAGAUGAGAAAGUGUACUUUAAGCAGUAUUACACCCCCUCUUCUUCUGUCUCUUGGAGGGCAGAUGAUGGGCAGGCUCCAGGGCCCGCCCCUGGUACUGAGAGGCCCCAGACCCCAGGGCGCCCUGGGCCCAGGGCAAGUGCAAAGGUGAUGGUGUCAUGACUUCCUGCACGUGUCCUCUCCCCCCGGAAGCUGUUAGACUUGGCCAGGCGCACAUGUGGACCACCCUGGCCUGACGCGCUUGAUGAGCGGCCCUUGGUCUUCGAUUCAGAGGACCAGGAGACCAUCCGUCCGCCUCUGUCCGCCUCUGCCCCUGAGCCUCCACCCACCUCUGGCUGCACGGCUGGCCUCUGCCUCAUGGCAGGCCUGCCAGAGCUUGGCUGAGGGCCCACGCCACCUUUGGCCCCCUGACCGGCUGGAGGUAACUUGUUACCUGCCCCUUCAGGAGCCCGGGUGUCACAAAGGAAUGACUUGGCCACUGCAUCGUGUACGGGUUAUGGUUCCGAGAAAAGCAAAUAUCAUUUUUGGCUGCAUUAAAAGAAGCAUCAUGUAUAAAAUAAAAGAGAGGAAGGUC